AUGGUUAAGGAUAGGCUCCAUGAGCUCCGGGCCGCUCAGACGGAUGCGGACAAUCACGUGAUGAUUAUUGACGAAAAUAUAUCAUAUUGUAAUCAAAUGCAAGCGUUUAUCCAAGAGGUGGAAACGAUUCGCCAAAAUAUCGACAAUAUGUCAGCGAAUGUGAAAGAAGUGAAACAAAUCCACUCAACGAUCUUGAGUUCGCCCACAAAUGCCGAGAGUCUGUGUCCUCUCUAUGAGCUGUCCAUUAAUCUCAAGAAACAAUUAGAAGAUCUGAUGGCAGACACGAAGCGGACGACCAGUAAAGUGAGAAAUAAGUUAAAAGUUAUAGAAAUGAAUAUCUCGGCGAUGGAGUCAAGCGGAUCCGUUGGUGUCGACGUACGGAUCAAAAAAGUACAGCACACGAUGUUAUUGCGGCUGUUUAUCGAUGUUAUGAAUGAUUACAAUCGGACACAAGUUGACUAUAGGGAGAAAUGCAUGGAUCGGAUCGUCAGACAAUCGCAUAUAACUGGUCGUCAGUUGACUAACGAUCAAAUUGAGCAGAUGUUAGAGUCGGGCAAUCCUACAAUUUUUACGCAAGAUAUAAUUACAGACACACAACAGGCUAAACAGUCAGUGGCCGACAUUGAGGCCAGAUAUGCGGAUAUUAUUAAACUGGGGAAUAGUAUUCGUGAAUUGCAUGAUAUGUUCAUUGAUAUGGAACUCCUUAUUGAGAAUCAGGGAGAGACAAUCAACAGAAUUGAGACACAAGUGCUUACAUCGAAAGCAUACGUCGACGACGGCAUACGUGACAUAAGAAUCGCACAACAAUAUAAAGCAAAGGCAAGAAAGGAAAUUACAAUUUGGCUAAACUUACCCCAAAACCCGGAUGUGGUGUACGAGAUAUCGUUGAAGAUGUCGUGGGAAGAGUACGUGGUGUUCAUCGGAUCACUUCUCGGCCUAUGGUUUGGAUUUUCGUAUGGCCAACACUACGAUCACUACAAUCAAUGCAAACCCGUAUUAAUAAUAAGUGAUACAAAGGAUCGCGAGGGAAACGGAUGA